AUGGAGGUAAGUUUAGUUUUGGUUCCGCACCUUUUAGACGACCAGCCCAGCAUUCGGCUGGAAGCGAAGGAUGUGAGUGUUCCGUCAAACAUUGAGUUAGCGGACCCCACAUUCUACAAGAGAAGAGGCAUCGAGAUUAUACUCGGUGCCCGAGUACUAUUCCAGAUUCUGAGCCCCAGACAAAUCCAAUGUACAAAUGGCCCGAAUCUUCAGGAGUCAGCCUUAGGCUGGCUUGUUGGCGGACUAGUUUCGCUACGGUCAACCCGGAAAGCAGUAAUGACUGUUGCCACCGUUAGUACAAAUGAGAUCCAAGAAGAAGAGGACCCCGAUGGGAAAUUGGAUACUCUCUUCAAGAGGUUUUGGGCCUUGGAGGAGGUAACUUCUGCGGAAGCGAAGUCCACCUCUGACCAGGUAAACCUAUGCGAGGAGCACUUCCUCCAGCACACCAAGAUAGGGGCAGAUGGCAAAUAUAUUGUGCGCCUCCCUUUCAACGACAAGCCCAUUCAACUGGGUGAUUCCUACGAGCAAGCAAGAAGACGCUUGUUCUCGCUAGAAAGGAAACUCACGCGAACUCCAGAAGUAUACGAGCAAUACAGAGAGUUCCUGAAAGAGUAUCUGACAUUAAAUCAUAUGGAAGUUGUAGAACCAAAGGAUUAUCAAAAAAUCCGCUACUUCAUACCCCACUCAUGUGUCAUCAAGCCAGAUUCUUCAUCGACCAAGCUUCGCGUGGUAUUUGAUGCAAGCGCUAAGGCAUCAAAUGGACAUUCCUUGAAUGACAUGCUGCGUAGUGGACCAGCGAUCCAAACGGAGCAAUUCGAUUUGCUCCUGGACUUUCGCUGCCAUGACAAGGUGCUAAUGGCCGACAUCGCGAAGAUGUAUCGGCAAGUCCAUGUCCACGAAACGGACUCGUGGUACCAGUGCAUCGCCUGGAGGGAUAAUCCUUCGGAAGCGAUUCAGGCUUAUCGCCUCAAAACAGUGACUUAUGGCGAGGCGGCAUCCUCAUUCCUAGCAUGUCGCGCUCUACACCAAGUCGGAGAAGAAAUCCGAUCGCAUCAGCCGAGCAUUGCUGAUAUUAUUCAGAAAUGUUUCUACGUCGACAAUUUGAUGAUGGGGGGAAAUUCAGCAGAAGGUCUUCUGAGUCAACGAAAAGCCGUGGAGGCCGCUCUUCUGCAGCGAGGCUUUCCCUUACGGAAAUGGGCAUCCAACGAUGCCAGCAUCAUAGAAGAUGUACCUGCCGACGAUCUCGAAAAGGAGAUCAACAUCGGAAAUCACGAUGUGAUUAAAACCCUAGGCGUGGCCUGGUCUCCACGCGGAGAUACCUUUCGAUUCCUAGUGGAGGACCGCAAUGCAAGCAAGCAAACUAUUACCAAGAGGCAGCUGGCCUCGGAGGUGCUCAGAUUAUAUGAUCCGUUGGGCAUAAUGCAACCGGUCAUCAUUACAGCAAAAAUAUUGCUGCAGAGCUUGUGGAAAACCAAGCUCGGUUGGGAGGACCAGAUCCCACCAGAAACUUUGCACGAAUGGCAGCAACUGAAGAAAACGCUGCCGAAGUUGGCGGAACUAGAGUUCCCGCGUCAAGCUAUCCCGAGUAACGUAGCACACUUGGAGCUGCACGGUUUCUCGGACGCUUCUAUUCGCGCUUAUGGAGGCGCAAUUUAUGCCUUUGCCAUAGACACGCAAGGUAACAAGUCCAUGAACCUGCUUUGUGUGUGGUGGACCCGCAACAUUGUAUUUAUCAAUAUUACAGUUCGUUUAUGCAUGCAAAGCAUAAACAAACUGUAUAUCGAACAAAGUCCAAUGUGA